AUGGCGACAAACGGCACCCUUCCUCACACAGACCAAUUCCCAUCAGGCUCUAUCGCCGCAACUGCCACGAGCGCUGUCACUGCCGACCAAACAAGCGGCUCAAACUCUACCAACAAUCUUGGAAAAGAUGAGGUCGCCUGGUUCUUCGUAGAGCAAUACUACACUACUCUAAGCAAGAAUCCCGAGAAACUCCACUUGUUCUAUGGAAAGCGUUCUCAGUUCGUCUAUGGUCUCGAAGCUGAGGUCGCCAACGUCUCUGUUGGUAGACAGAACAUCCAAGACCGCAUCAAGCAACUAGACUUUCAAGACUGCAAGGUUCGAGUAUCGAACGUCGAUUCUCAAGCCUCAUUCGACAAUAUCGUCAUCCAAGUGAUCGGCGAGACAUCCAACAAAGCUGGCGACCCGAAGAAGUUUGUCCAAACUUUCGUUCUUGCUCAACAACCCUCUGGAUACUUCGUUUUGAAUGAUAUUCUUCGAUAUAUAGAGGAGGGCGACGAGGAGCCAACUGAGGUCAUCCAAGAUGAGCAGGCAGAACCCGCGACCCAGAUCAUCCCGGUUGCGAAGGAGGAGAUCGAAGAACAACCCGUAGAGCCCGUCGAGAAACCUAUUUCAUUUGAUGCUGGCGUUAUCGACAAGAAGUUGGAGGAAGUUAGCGCACCUAAAGACGCUACUCCAACAAAUGGUGACGUAGCAGCUGAGACAGCUGUUGGUGAAACGGCAGCAAUCCCAGAAGCCGCUAAGAAGCCGGAAGCCGAAGCAGCUCCCGAAGUUCCUGAUCCUGAAGUAACUGCUCAGGAAGUUGCUGAAGAGGACACGAAAGAGCCCGAAAAGCCUUCUGACCCAAGCCCAACGCCCGUGCAGGCGCGUCAGCCACCCGCCCCCGCUGCUGCUGCUGCCCCAGUCCCCGCUCAACCAAUGAAGCCUAUGACUUGGGCGAGCCGUGCCGCUGCCGCCGCAGGUCCCAAACCAGUGGUGCCUCUCGCAGCAAAGCCAGCCACACCCGCAGCCGCUCCACAAUCCCGUGCAGCAGCUGCUGCCCAGCCGGCUCCGUCCCAAUCACCUACACCAGCUCAAGGCUCCGAGGCCAAAGCCCCUGCCGCCACCGUCAAGGAGACCCCUACGGAAUGGCAAACAGCUGGCAACGACUCGAAGCGGCAGAACAGGCCCCAGUCGAUCUCUGGCCCCCAAGCCGAGAAGGACGGCACUAUGGUUUAUGUCAAAUACGUCACAGACAAAGUGCAGCACGAUGAACUGAGAUUAGCAUUGGCACAACACGGAGAACUAAUCUACUUUGAUAUCAACCGCCAGAAGAAUUGUGCAUUCGUUGAGUUUGCCACGCCGGCAGGUUAUCAGGCUGCUCUAGCUGCCAAUCCUCACGUGGUUAAUGGAGAGAACAUUGUUGUCGAACCCCGCCGUCCUAAAGCAAGUGCUUACGGUGGUAGCAACUACACUACAGGACGCGGCGGUGUUCAGGGCCGCCCAGGACGCGGUGGCUUCGAGGGCCGAUCCGGCAGCCAAGGCGGUGGACGUGGCAGCUUCGGAGGUCAGGGUCGUGGUCGAGGAGGCGCACCUCGAGGAAGAGGUACUUCGCAAGCAACAAAUGCGUGA